AUGACAACAAAUUACAUAACCAUUCCUGGCAUAACGAACGACCACGUCACACUCUCACCUCAAACAAUCAGCAUCGCAGUCCCAACGUGCAUCCAAACAAUCACACCUGACAAGAAUGGCUACGUACCACCUGGGACCUGUCACGCGCUGUACAACUACUAUCCAAGUUUCACAGCUGCGUUGGCAUUUUCAAUUAUCUUUGGGAUGUUGACGAUUGCUCACAUCGCUCAAGCUGCGCUCUUCAAGACGAAAUUCUGCUGGGUUAUAAUCAUGGCUAGUAUUUGGGAGACGAUAUCAUUUACUGCACGGGCAAUAUCAACUCGCAAUCAACAGAAUGAAUGGAUCGAGCUUAUUUCCGAGCUUUUCGUCCUGCUUGCCCCUCUCUGGGUCAACGCCUUUGCAUACAUGCUUCUCGCCCGAAUGAUCCACUUCUACCUUCCCAUCCAUUCAAUUUUCUCGAUCCCCGCCUCCGUCCUCGCAAUCGCGUUCGUGACACUCGACUUCAUCUCCUUCGUCAUCCAACUCAUCGGCGGCAGCUACGCCGGUCCCACAGCGCCUAUGACUCAACAGCUCAAAGGAGUACAUAUCUAUAUGGGAGGUAUCGGCCUCCAGCAAUUGUUCAUCUUCCUUUUUUUGGCGCUGGGAGUGAAGUUUCAUCGCGAGAUGUUCUGGUUAGAGAGGGUGGGGAGCGCGAAGGAGGGGUGGAAGGGUCUGCUUUUUACGCUUUAUGGGAGUUUGGGAUUCAUAACCAUCCGUAUCUUCUUCCGUCUCAUCGAGUUCUCCGGCGGCAAGACAUCUUCCAACCCUCUUCCAUACCACGAAGUAUAUUUCUACGUCUUAGAAGCAGUACCGAUGUGCCUUGCAAUCCUGUGCUACAAUGUUACGCAUCCGGGAACCGUUCUUCAAGGUCCAGAAGCUAGGUUGCCGACUAUUAGGUCGUUGGUUUUCAAGAAGAGGAGGGGGAGGAAACAGCAAAUAGGUUCUGGGGAUAAAGGUGGAGUGGAGAUGGGAAGUAAUUAUGUUGAGCUUGGGGAGGAGUCGAUUAGUAUACAUGUGGAGCUUGAGGGAAAGGAUCCGAGAGAGGGAAAGGAUCCGAGAGAGGGAAAGGAUCCGAGAGAGGGAAAGGAUCCGAGAGAGGGAAGGAACUCUUUUAGAGAGAGGUUCGGAUUGUGGUAA